GCAGUCGCAGAAGUCAUGUUGAUAGACCGACGGUCGGGAAAUGAAUGAAUGUUGAGAUGUCUCUGUUGAGAAAAAGCCUGUGAAAAACAUUCUGUAACCUGUUUUGUACGUCAAAAUAUAUAAAACUCCAUAACUUUGUCAGGGAAGUUGUGAGUCAAGGUGGAGGGAUCUAGAAAACAAAAUCAAAGUAAAUCACUAGCAGCAUCAUUCACAAAAUUAAAUAUAAGUCCUGAGCAAGAGUCGUCUUGUCAAGAUAGGAGAGUGCCGUCUUCGCAUGCGAGAAAUUUGUUUAGCUCCGUUAUCAUGCCUCCAAGACGAAAGAGACGCUCUCCUCCAAUCGAUGAUUGUAAAGCUAAAAAAUCAAGGAAAACAACCAGUUUGUCCGCAACAUACACAGACUUAACAGAAUCCAGUUACCAGGCUGCAUUCUCCUCUAAAAGGUGCCUGGCAUGGUUUGAGGAAUACAAGGACACAGAUGACUCCGUAGGCCCGGAAGGAAUGGAGAAAUUCUGUGAAGAUAUUGGCGUUGAGCCAGAGAACAUUGUAAUGUUGAUUAUAGCAUGGAAACUUGAGGCCUACCAAAUGGGUUUUUUUACACUACAAGAGUGGAUGAAAGGAAUGUCUUCCCUACAGGUUGAUUCCGUAAGGAAACUACAAGGAAAAUUUGAUUACCUCCGAUCACUACUCACAGACCCUCCUACAUUUAAAAGAAUUUACAGAUUUGCAUUUGACUUUGCCAGAAUAAAAGAUCACAGGUGUUUAGACUUAGAGACAGCCAAAACAAUGUUGCGCCUUCUGCUCGGUAGACAGUGGGUUCUUUUCAACUCAUUCCAACAAUUUCUAGAUCGGUCCAAUUACAGAGUUGUGAACAAGGAUCAAUGGUGCAAUAUUCUAGAAUUCAGCCGAACGAUACAGCCUGAUCUUAGCAACUACGAUGAAGAUGGUGCAUGGCCUGUGAUGCUUGACGAAUUUGUGGAGUGGUUACGAGGGCAGUAUUCAUGAACAAUGCAUGUACCGUGUUGACUUGCAUCUACCUAAACAGUAUUGUGAAUAUAGAUACAAGAACAGCUAACUCAGAGAACAAAUAUGCUCUCCGAAUACGUCUAUUGUGCGCAGGAAAAAUAUCUGCGUUAAUGUGUACGAAACAACAGGCUUUACAGUCAAUAGGCUUUAUAGUACACAUGUAUAGUGGCGACUGGAAAGAGUAUAACUGUUUUGUAUCAUAUCGUUUCUUACAGAGUAACUGUAAAACAAAAAAAUCUAGCGAUAUAUACCAUGUGAAAAUGAUAAGAAACAAAUAAUAUUACACAUCUUUAUGUUUAUCUUGUUUUAAGAAAUGUUUUUUUACCUUAAGUUAAGAUGAUGGACGUUAUGUAACUGUACAGUACACUAAGGCAGUAGCAUUACACGUUAAGUGGUCUCUAAUAAGAUGAGAAGGGGAAAAAAAUCUACGCUUCGGGUGAUUUCCAUCCUUCAGAAUUUUAAACUUGCCUACCCCUGGUUAGUUGAUUGUCAAGGUUUCUAUUGUGAUACGUAUGAUUGGAAUCUAUGAAUACAAUGUAUGACACAAGGAAACAUUGUCAAAAAUAUACUAACUGUAUGCAAAUUAAUGCCUAAUCAUGAUUUCUGAACCAUCAUACUUAAUGCUAUAUAAACCACACGGAAGUCUUCAUUAUGAUAUAUAACUAUGGGGCAGUAGUCCGCCGUUGGGGUUAAAUCCCAAAAUUCACAAUUAUUUCUUUUUUUAAAGGAACAAUAAUUAUCUUUGUUUCUAAGCUAAUUUUUAUCCUGCUUAAUUGGUCAAAAUAUGCUGUAGUCUGACUAGCCUACAGUAAUAAUAAUCACCAUUUUAAAAUCAAUCUUUUGUUGUCUUCAGAACAGUGUAUAGAAUAACUAGUUAACAUUUCCUAUGAUCACCACAAUGUACAGUCCAUCCAACUUCCUUCAUAACCCAUUUAAAUUGUUAACAGUUUCUGCAAUUACCAUUCAUAACCCAUAACCGGUUAACAGUUAAUGUAAUAUCUGUACUGCCCUCACUAGUAAAAAGUUUCCAUAAACACACUAUCAGGUUAACAGUUGCUGUGAUCACUACCUACCCAUGUAGGUAAUAAGCAUAUGCCUAGGUGAUAGCAAGCCUGUAUACUGCCCUCACUGGUGAACAGUUUCCAUAAACACACUAUAAAUUUUACAGUUCCUGUGAUCGCUGCCUGCCCAUGUAAGUAAUAUGUAGGCUGUGUAAAGCAUUAGCAUAUGCCUGGAUGACAGCAAGCCUGUAUACUGACUGCCCUCACUGGUAAGCAGUUUCCAUAAAUACACUAUCAUUUUACCGUACUAAAUAUAUUGAUAUUGACUAAAGGAGAAUGUGAUUCCGCUCCAUAACUCAAAUCAUGCCAACAUCCACAGUCCCAGGGUUGAUUGGAUUAUUGAGGGGGGCGUUUAUUCAAAUUAGAAGGGGGUGCUUAUUCGCGCGAGUACGAUAACAGUUGCUAGGUCACUACCGGCCCAUGUAAGUAAUCGGUAUGCUGUCUGAAGCGUUAUCAUAUGCCUAGGUAACAAAAAAACCUGUAUACUGCCGUCACUGGUAAACAGUUUCCAAAAUCACACUAUAAGUUUAAAAAUUCCUGUGAUCAUUGCCUGCCUGUAUACCACACUCACUGAUAAAUAGUUCCCAUAAUAAGGUUAACAGGUGUUAGAUCACUGCCUGCCCAUUAACUAAUGUGUAGGCUGUCUGAAGCCUAGGUGACAGCAAGCCUGUAUUAUACCACCCUUACUGGUAAACAGUUUCCAUAUAAAGGUUAACAGGUGCUAAAUCACUGCCACCAGCUACAGUAGUUAAAACAAAUUGUGUCGAUGUCUUUAAAAAAAAACUAUUAAGCUCUGUCUUAUCAUGCUAUCGUGUUUUAUUGCGGACCCAUAUAUGUGUAAAUCAUAUAUGAACACAAUAAAGUCACAGGCAGGCUAAGUAUGUAAAUAAUUUUUUUAUCUUCUAAAUAUUCUGUAAUUGUAUUUCAUGAAGAUCUUAUGAUAUUUUCAUCGCAAGAAAUAUUGUUUUUAAAAAAUAGUUAUUUUACCAUAGCUAUCUUCCAUAUAAUAUUUUGUGCAUAAGUUUGCAUAAAUUAAAUGCUGCCUUUCAUAUCUAUGUUAUAUCUGUUGCACGAA